ACAGAAGAAGAAAAGAGAGAUCCCCCUUUCAUUCCAUCUCCACUCAUUUCUCUUUUGUCUCUUUCUAUCAUCACAUUGGACCACCUUUCUGUCGAUCAAUACCUUGCCUUUUAAGCACUGCUUAUUAAUCCCUCUCUCUCUCUCUCUCUCUCUAUCUAUCUCUCUGUGCUGCAAAUACAGAUCAUAGCAUGCCUGAAUGUCCAGAGAAAGGGAGCUGAUGAGAUUUAAUGAGGUAGGGAAGAAGAUCAACGGAGAACUCGAUGCCUCCUUUCAGAUGGCAAUUAGAAGACAUAAUAUGCCGCCGCCUCCCUCUGGAACCCUAAACACCAUCACCCCUUGCGCCGCCUGCAAGCUCUUGCGGCGACGGUGUGCCCAAGAAUGCCCCUUUUCUCCAUACUUCUCCCCUCAUGAACCCCACAAGUUUGCUUCUGUUCACAAAGUCUUUGGUGCAAGUAAUGUUUCCAAGAUGUUGAUGGAGGUUCCAGAGAGCCAAAGAGCAGAUGCUGCAAAUAGCCUUGUUUAUGAAGCUAAUGUGAGGCUUAGAGAUCCAAUUUAUGGGUGCAUGGGAACCAUUUUGGCUUUGCAACAGCACGUUCAAUCCUUGCAAGCUGAACUCAACGCAGUAAGGGCUGAGAUUCUGCAUUUCAAGUGUAGGGAAAGUAAUGUUUUUCCUUCUUCUCAUGUAGCAUUGCUUUCUUCCGGCGUUGUUUCAGUGGCUGCACUGCCACCGGGUCUGUCGCCAUCGCCUCCGCCGCCACUACACCCACCAGUACUUCCUCCUCCUCUUCUUCCUCCCACUUCUUCAUCUUCUUCUUUAUAUACGCCGGCAUCCAAUUCCACUGAAUACAGUACUAUCUCCAAUUUUUAGCCUUGACAAUAUCUCAUCGUUAUUUUUCUCAACAUAAUUAUUGAUCAUGUGCAAUAAGAUCGAGUAUUAGAUUAUUGGAAAUUACUGGGUUGUCCAUCAGUUAUAUACAGUAUAUUGUAAUGAUUUAGUCUUC